CUGCAUCCUCCCCUUCUCUUUGUCUUCCCUCCCUCUUCCUCCGUCGUCCUCCCCCAAUUGCUUUCAGACUCUACGUCUGUUCCGGUUGCAUCGCAAUGGCUCGUUUCGGUCUCCUUUCUCUGGCUCUUUUCUCUGUCCAGGCCUUGAUUGGUGGUGGUCUCGCCGCAGACCCCGCUGAGAAGGUCGAAGAGAACGCUGAGUCGCCCAAGCUUGCCGUUUCCGCCCAGGCUUCCUUCCCUGCGUCGGAGAUCUUCGGCGUGAAGCUGGUCAACGGCCUCCCAACUCAGGCGCUGAUCACCUUUACUAACGAUGAGCCUGCUCCUGUCACGGUCAACUUUGUCGGCGGCACCCUGUCGACCUUGGAUGAGGAUGAGAGCCAGGUGGUGCGCAACUUGACUGCCACCGCGUAUGGCGUCGAGAUCGCGGCCGGCGAGAAGGAGAGCCUCAGCUACAGCUUCUCCACUGAGAUGCACCCCCAGGACCUGAGACUCUCUCUGGCCUCGAUCCUGUCCGACAGCGAGGGAAGAUACUUCACUGUCUAUGCCCACAACGGUACCGUCAGUGUCGUGGAACCGGAGACUAGCAUUUUCGAUCCUCAGAUUAUCUUCCUGUACUUCUUCCUCCUGGCUUGCUUCGUUGGUGUCGUCUACUUCUUCUACACCGUCUGGGUUGCGCCCUACUUCCCUCAGAAGCGCAAGUCUGGCAAGGGACCUGAGAAGGCCUCUGCGUCGAAGAAGGCCGAGGCUACCGUCGAAGCCCCCAGCAGCCCCGCCGUUUCCUCUGCGACCACCUACAACGCGGAUUGGAUCCCUGCUCACCACAUCAACCGUCCCGAGGCUCGGAAGGUCAAGGGUAGCACCCGGUCUAAGAACCGUGCCUAAAUCGGCACCACGGCGACGGAUGUGUGAGAUUGUUGGGAGAGAGAGGCUGAAAAGUCUCGUUGGCCUUGGGAAUAACUUGGUUUCUGUCAACGAGUCUCAUGUGUGAUUGGUGAUUCCGGGCGAAGACGAUUGCUGAAAAUGCGAUCUGCCCCGAGUUGCCGCGAUCCAUGGUUGGAGCGUGUAUAGUUAUGGCAAAUAUAACCGAGUAAGCGUAGCUCUUAGAAGGUUUAGCCUUACGAUUUAUACAAAUGUAUACACAGUCACUCGGUCG